AGGAAUGACUUGAAAUAUCCCUUUUUUCGCAUCAGCUUGCCCUCCAACAACGAGGUUUUGUUGAUCUCCAAGAAGAUGAUCUUUUGGCUCAAAGGUGGCAUUUUGUCCAGAAAAUUGGUUUCUUUCGACGAUGAUGCUUCUGCUAUCAAUCAUAGUAGCUCUAAUGGUUUUAAUGCCAAUGAUAUUGGUAAUGACAAUAAUAAUAGUAAUAUUGAAGAUUCAAAAAAUGCUCUAGUUGUUAUAUUUCCUAAAAAGGCUGCCAUUUAUUUCAAUGAUGGAUCUACGUAUAUUUUUCCUUUUCCCUUUAAAAUAAAAAAAUCUUUCAAAUGUUGUUCAGGCUUGAUUUUACAAAGAGAUUUAAAUCAGUUUAACAGUAAUAAUCAUAACAAUGAUAAUAAUAACAAUAAUAACGAUAGUAAUAACAAUAAUGAUAAGAAUAAUGAUGUUAAUCCUAAAUUCCCGAUUUUUUUCACUUUAGUCGAUCCAAUCCUUGAAUUGGGCUCUGUAGUAUCCUCUUCAACAUCUUCCAUAUCCAAAAAUGAUCAAUUGAUCUGGUUUCCUCAAAAUAUCAAAUGUACUUUAUCUGCAACCUUUAACAACUUUUCAAAUGUUAUAACAAUUUAUCACAUUCGUUACCUAACAAGAAAUAAUAACAACAACAACAACAAUAAUAACAAUAAUAAUAAUCAUUCCACUGCUAAUAAUUUAAAUUCAGCUACUUCUUCAAAUAAUAAUCUUAAUUCUAAUACCAAUACUCUAAAUUCCACCCAUGAUAUAUCACUAUCAAAUAUUGAUCUAAUAAAUGAUCUUGAAAUUAUUAAUCUUAAUUCUUCUUAUUCUUCUAUUAAAAACCAAUCCUUUUCUUUAUCUUCUUCAAAUUCAAUAUUAGACUCAAUCACUAAUAAUGACUCACAUAUAAAUUCUACUUUACAAUUUUCAAAUUUAUCACAAAAAUUCCAGUCUUUUAGAAAAGAUAUAAUUCUAACUAAACUAGAAAAAAUACAUUUUAAAGAUAAUAUAAAUAAUCUAAAAAUUUUCAGCCUAAAUUUCUUAAAUCAAGAAUCUUUAAUAAUUUUAAAUCUAAACUCAAAUAAUUGUGAAGCAUUAAUCUUUAGAUCUUCAACAAAUUCAGUUAAUAUUCCCGUCUUAAUCAAUUCGUAUUUGUUUAAUUGUAUAGACUCAAUUCCUUUAUCAAAUAAAUCUGGUCAUACUGGUUACUUGGUCAUAUUAAAAGAUCAGUCAAAUCUAUGUUUCAUAAAUCCUUUUUUGAACCUAGUAUCCUAUCAAAUCAAUUUAUUCAAAAUAUAUCCACCCAUAGUCUCUUUAUCUGAUACUUAUAACUCAAAUAUUGCUUUAGUAGAUAGUUCUGGCAAUCAUCACAUUUUAAAUGUAAUCUUAAAUCCACAAAACGAUCUAGUUAAAAAAUGUUUAAAAUCUUUUGAUUUCUUAAUUGGAACUUAUACUUAUGAAUACCUUUGGCUACAAUAUUUGGCUGCUUUAUCCCUAGAUGUUAAUCAUUCAGAUUGGAUUGCUUUUGUGAUUGCCCUCAUUUCUAUUUUGUUACCAAAGAAUCCUCGGGCAUACUUGAAUGAAAAUGAUUUUAUUAAUAAUAACUACAAAAAAAAUAUUAUUUCUAUUAAUUUAGAAAAAGCAAUAUUAUUAAAUGAAUCAAAUCCAAAUCCAAUUUUAUGCCUUAAUGAUGAUUCAUCAAAAAUUAUUUUGGCUUUACAUCUUAUAAGAGAGGAUUUAAAAUUAGAUUCAAUGGCAAUAGAGCAAGUGGAUGAUUUGGGUUUAUUAUUAGCGCAAUUAACUUUAUGGAUGGGUUGGUCUAAAAACUGGGUUAAUUAUUAUAUUAAUAGUAAAAAUUCAAAUAUUUUAGAUGAAAAUUUAUUUAAAUGGAAUAAUCAAGUAUUGAAUUUUUUAGAAUCUCCGCCAAAUUUAUUAGAAUCUUUAUGCAGCAUCUUCACUAAUGAAAUUGUUCCCUAUGUUACAUUUUCUCAACUUACAGAAGAAAAUGAUGAAGUUGAUAAAAUUAUCACCCCAAGAACAUAUCAUGUUUUAAGAUUAUUUGAGCUAAUUAUUUCACCAGAGUGUGAACCAAGUGAUAUUGUCUUGAGUAUGGCUGAGUAUGGUAUUAAAACUAUUGAUCUAGAAACAUACCCAUUGGGAAUCUCAAUUCCACUAAAGGAAGCAAUUGCAUUUUGUCAAGAAAACACCCCAGUUGAUUGGAAUGGUCCAAUAUUAGAUUUAAUUGGAAGAAAAGAUUUGAAAAAAUUAUCAGUGCCAACAAAUAAGGCACUCUCAACUGGCUAUAAUUUUUACAAAGGGAUAAAUUCAAACGCAAAUGGAAUUAUUAAUUCCAAUUCAAACACAAAUAUUAUUUCUAAGGAUGUUCAGUCAAUAGUUCAAAGUAUAGUCAAUGUGGAACCCUUGAAUGCAUGGGAUGGUGAACUAGAGGCAGAUAGAAUAAAUAUUACCAAAUUAAUCUUUUCAGAUGACAGAAGAUUUUAUGAAGUAACUAAAUUAUUGCAAUCAUCAAAAAUUCAAACUCUUGCCAUAAAUUCCAAUCAAGAGAUAGUAGAAUAUGAUAUGUAUCGAGUUCAAAAAGAAUUGGCGUUGAAAGUUGCAUUGAGAACAUUAACUGUCUCAUUAGGAAGGUCUGCUUUAUUUCUAUCUAGUCGUAUGCCACUAAUGACAGAAAAAUUUCCAAUUCCAAAAUUAAAUCUAAAUGUUUCAGUAUUUCCAAGCGAUACUAAGAUUAAUUUGGAAAAGGAUUUAAUUGAAUCUGAUUUAAUCCAAUGGGGCUAUUUUCACAAUGGAGCAUCUGCUGGAAUUAUGAUUUCCAAAGAAUUCAAAAAUAUUUCAGGAAGCUGGAUUGUUUUUAAUAAACCUCCGAUUUUAAAUUCUCAGCAUGGAGGGUUUUUAUUAGCUUUGGGUCUUCAAGGACAUCUUAAAAAACUUGAAGAAUGGCAUAUAUUUAAUUAUUUAGGCCCCAAACAUAUUUAUACAAGUAUUGGUUUAUUAUUAGGUAUGGCUGUAAGCAAUAGAGGAAGUAUGGAUAUAAAACUAACAAAGGUAUUGUCUGUUCAUGUUGUUGCAUUGCUUCCACAAGGUUCAAAUGAUUUAAAUGUUGCACUUCCGGUUCAAACAGCGGGGUUGGUUGGAAUUGGUUUUCUCUAUUUAGAAACCCAACAUAGAAGAAUGACUGAAAUUUUGUUAUCACAAGUUGAUGGAAUUAUUGUAAUAGCAGAAGAAGAGAUUGUAAAUGAGGCAUACAGAUUAGGAGCUGGAAUUGGAUUAGGAUUGGUGAAUCUUGGAAAGGAAGACAAUCUCCCAGGAGUCAAUAUGCUGGAAAGAUUGCUUUUUAUGUGCACUUCUCAAAAGGACAUUGAAACGUAUAGAUCUAUCGAUCAAGCCGCCUCUGGAGCACUAAUUGCGUUAUCAUUAAUUUAUAUCAAAUCUAUGAAUAAAACUAUUGCCAAAAAAUUGAAAUUACCUAAAACCGAACAACUUCUAGAUUAUAUGAGGCCAGAUGUUUUGUUGCUCAGGGUUAUUUGUAAAAAUAUAAUAAUGUGGGGAGAUAUUGGAAGAUCAAUAAAAUGGGUUAAUUCACAAAUACCAAAUUGUCUAUUGAAGAAAUAUGCCAUUUAUAGAAUGGACACAUUGAACUCGGAUUAUUUGACAUAUUUAUAUAUAAUUGGAGGAUGUUGUUUUUCAACCGGAUUAAGAUAUGCUUCAUCAUUAGAUGAAGAGGCCAAAAAUACUGUUUUGUAUUUUUUAGAUUUCAUUAUGAAUCUUUUAAAUACUGAAACCGAUAGUUUUGAUGAAAAUUUUACCAAGCAAAGUGUUUUUGACAUUCAAAAUAUAUUACUUAUAUCGCUAUCGUUAAUAAUGGCAGGCUCAGGAGAUUUAGAUAUAUUCAAACGAUUACGAGUUGCAUUUAAUAAUGUUAAAAAGGAAAUGACGUAUGGAAAUUAUAUGGCUACUAAUAUUGCAAUGGGAUUUCUAUUUCUCGGAGGUGGCCAGUUUGCAAUUGAUGACUCAAAUCUAGCAGUUGCAUCUUUAUUGAUAUCGCUAUACCCAGUUUUUCCAGGAAAAAACUUUAAUUUUGAAAAUGAACUUCAUUUGCAAGCUUUAAGGCAUUUUUGGGUUUUAUCAGUGAAGCCCAAUUGCUUGGUUGUAAGAAAUAUUGAAACCAUGAAGCCUAUUCAAAUCAAUGUUCAAAUUCAAUUGAAUAAUGGUAGAAAAGUGAUAAAAAGAACGCCAUGUCUAUUGCCGAGAUUGAAUAGAAUUAGUGCGAUUUCAGCUCUCAACAAAAACUUUUUCAGGAUCAACUUGGAUUUUCAUAAGAACAUUGAAAUUUCGGAUAAUUUUAAGAAAAAUUUGACAGUUUAUGUUUAUCCUAAAAAGCAGUACUUUACAAUCAAAAGUUCUUUUGAAGAAAUAUUAGAAAAGCUAAAAGAGGUUGAGAAUGGAAAUGCAGUAAAUAAAUUGAAGCUCGAGAAUUUCAACAAUAAUGAUUUGAGCAUUUCGAACAGCCUUGACAACUACUUAGAAAUCUUCUCUAGCUAUGGACAGAGGGCUGUAAAUGAGCCAAACGUCGACGAGAUGAAUUAUGACGAGAUAGAGGAAUUGUCCCACGAAAUAUUCAAGUCCAGCAUAGUCGACACAUUGAUUGAGGUGGAAGAGACAGUCAAAGCACCCAUCACAAUCGAGGACCUAUGGAACAUCAGGUUGCUCUUUGCAUUUGCAGACAAGACGUUGGACGAGGGGAAUUCAUACUAUCUCAGUUCCAAGUUCAUCGACCACUUAAAAAUCGAGCUCUGGUCCAUCUCCAAGACG